UCUUUGCAUUUGUAUUAUAUGCCCAAUGGAAGAUCAAGCGGAUUCAUCAAAGUUAAGCGCUCUCUCUCUCUCUCUCUCUCUAAUUCUUCAUACAUUAGUUGGGAGGAAGUGAUCUUUCCAAGAGACUGAUCAGUGAUCACAGCUUCAGUUUUGUGUCCAUGGCUGAUCACAACUCCUCUUUUGAGAGCGAGCAGUAUUCUUCCUCCUUCACCGGCGGGCGCCGUCGCCGCCGCCACCCCACGCCAGCCACCACCCGCUACCACUCCCAAUCCUUCACUUCCAGCUCCUUCAACUUCUCCCUCUCUCACAGUCCCUACACCCGCCGGAAUUUUCCUCCGCCGUCCACUCCCUUCUUCUCCGACGACGACAAGUCUUGGCAUGGAGAGCUUUCCUGGCAGUUUGAACCAACUGGGUGGCGGGAAAACCGGAACCUCGGGGCAGCGCUCAGCCCCUGGACCGCCACCGCCACCCCCUCCAGCUCGCCAGGAAGCCGGGUUUUCCGGCGAACCGCCAAUCAGUAUUUCCUUUCCCGAACGUAUGGUGGCUCCCACCAAGAACAUUCUGGGUAUGGUGAAGUGCCGUCCGGAAGGCUUGAGCUGCAGAGCCGCGUCGCCGGCGGCGACGGUGAGAGCUCGUUCUUUGGAAGAAGCUACAAGUCCGGUGAAUACGGGAAGCAUAAUAAUAGUAGUUAUUCUGGCUUGGCCACCAUUAAAGAGGUUGGAAGCGCCGGACACAGUGACCCUUUGGCUGGUAAGGAUGAGCUUAGCAUGAUUGGUUAUGAAUCUGUUGAAGAAGACAACCAUCAUCAUCAUCAUAAGCCGGGCAUCCGUGGCAGUGAUGGAUCCUCAUAUUCAGCAAGCCAUCAGUAUAGGAGUGGACAUGGAUAUGAUGAGAUUGAUGGGCCACCAUAUGAUGAAGAAGAAGAAGAAGAAGAAGCUGUUGAGCCACCAAAAGCUGUUGGGCUGUUGAGCUUAUUCAAGUACUCAACAAAGCUGGACAUUCUUCUUGUGAUUUUGGGUUGUUUGGGAGCCCUUGUUAAUGGCGGCUCUCUUCCUUGGUACUCGUAUUUUUUUGGGAACCUUGUGAACAAGAUUGCUACUGGAUCAAAAAGUGACACCAAGAACAUGAUGGAUCGAGUGGAUAAGAUAUGUCUCCUCAUGGCUGGAUUAUCAGGAAUUGUGGUGAUUGGAGCAUACUUGGAGGUCACUUGCUGGAGAUUGGUGGGGGAACGAUCAGCGCAUCGCAUCAGAACAGAGUAUCUCCGAGCAGUGUUGAGACAGGAUGUUGGGUUUUUUGACACAGAAAUUAGUACUGCUGACAUUAUGCAUGGGAUUUCAAGUGAUGUAGCUCAAAUCCAAGAAGUCAUGGGGGAGAAGAUGGCACACUUUGUUCAUCAUAUAUGUACCUUCAUCUGUGGCUACAUGGUUGGUUUCUUGAGGUCGCCGAAGAUUUCUUUGGUAGUUUUUGCAGUCACCCCUUUAACAAUGUUCUGUGGUAUUGCUUAUAAGGCUGUAUAUGUCGGCCUAACUUCCAAAGAAGAGGUUUCUUAUAGGAAAGCCGGUAGAGUGGCAGAGCAAGCCAUCAGUUCGAUUAGAACAGUGUUUUCUUUUGUAGCAGAGGACAAUCUGGCAGCAAGAUAUGCCAAAAUGUUGGAGAAAGCAGUGCCCGUUGGGCUAAAGAUUGGCUUUGCCAAGGGUGCGGGAAUUGGAGUUAUAUAUUUGGUCACUUACUCGACCUGGGCACUUGCUUUCUGGUAUGGAUCUAUCUUGGUUGCUAGAAAAGAGAUCCAUGGAGGUGAAGCCAUUGCUUGUUUCUUUGGUGUCAAUGUGGGGGGAAGGGGCUUGGCAUUGGCAUUGUCCUAUUUUGCACAGUUUGCACAAGGAACAGUUGCAGCUAGCCGGGUGUUUGAGGUUAUAGAGAGAGUUCCAGACAUCGAUCCUUACAAUCCCGAUGGAAGGCUGCUUUCAAGCGUACGUGGCAAGAUUGAGUUCAAGAAUGUCAGUUUUGCUUACCCAUCUCGCCCAACUGUUCAAAUUCUCCGGUCUCUCAAUCUAGUGAUUCCUGCUUCGAAGACUGUCGCAUUGGUUGGUGCUAGUGGAGGCGGAAAAUCCACCAUUUUUGCUCUUAUAGAGAGGUUCUAUGACCCCAUCAGUGGGUCGAUCACCUUGGAUGGGCAUGAUUUAAGGACUCUGCAAGUGAAGUGGCUGAGAAGUCAGAUAGGCAUGGUGGGUCAGGAACCAGCUCUCUUUGCCACAAGCAUACUGGAAAAUGUGAUGAUGGGGAAAGAGAAUGCCACCAAGAAAGAGGCUCUUACAGCUUGCGUUACUGCCAAUGCCCACAACUUCAUCUCCAACCUUCCAUAUGGAUACGAUACCCAGGUUGGAGACCGAGGAACCCAACUCUCAGGGGGUCAAAAGCAGAGGAUAGCACUUGCUAGAGCCAUGAUCAAAGAUCCUAGAAUCCUUCUUUUAGAUGAGCCUACAAGUGCCUUGGACCCUGAGUCCGAGUCUGUGGUGCAGCAGGCCAUCGACAAGAUCUCAACGGGCAGAACCACCAUUGUGAUUGCUCAUAGGCUGGCCACAGUAAGGAAUGCUCACACCAUUGUGGUUCUUGACCAAGGCUCAAUUGCUGAAAUGGGUGACCAUCGCCGGCUCAUGGAAAAGGCUGGGGGAUACUAUGGCCUUGUAAAGAUGGCUUCUGAAGGAGUUUCGAAACCUGAAACAAAGCAAAGCCACAUUCGGAAGGAUUCAGAGUUCUCCAUGCCUGAGAAAUCCAUUCGUGAUGUGUCAAGAUCAAAUAAAGCAGAUGAAAUCUCAAGAUCUAAGAACUUAAAGAGCACGCAAUCAGGAUACCAAGUGGAGGAAGAAGAAGAGAUGGAGGAAAAGACUAAGAAAUUUCGGCUUUCAGAGAUAUGGAACUUGCAGAGACCUGAGCUUGCCAUUCUGUUAUUUGGAUUUGUUUUGGGUAUUCAUGGUGGAGCAAUUCUCUCAAUCUUUCCCUUAAUUCUAGGUGAAGCGCUUAGAGUUUACUUCAAAGACAACGCGCAUCAAAUGAAAAAGGAUAUCAAUAUCCUCUGUUUGGUACUAGUUGGGCUUGGCUUUGGUUGCUUCAUCUCCAUGACAGGCCAGCACGGUUUUUGUGGCUGGGCUGGUACAAAGCUCACAAGGAGGGUAAGAGAUUUCUUGUUUCGAGCAAUACUAAAACAAGAACCCGGUUGGUUUGACUUGGAGGAGAAUUCAACUGGAACACUUGUUUCAAGGCUUUCAACUGAUUGUGUUAGUUUCCGGUCAGUCCUUGGUGAUCGGUUCUCAGUUUUGGUAAUGGGGGUGAGUUCAGCUGCUGUUGCCCUGGGAGUGUCAUGUGUCCUGGAAUGGAGACUCGCACUCCUGGCGGCUGCUCUCACUCCACUCACGCUGGGUGCAAGCUAUUUCAACCUGAUCAUAAACGUUGGGCCUAAAUUAGAUAACAAUUCUUAUUCCAAAGCCAGCAACAUAGCUGCAGGUGCAGUUUCGAAUAUAAGAACAGUGGCAACAUUUUCAACCCAAGAGCAGAUAGUCCAAUCAUUUGACCAAGCCUUAUCUGAGCCGAAGAGAACAUCACUUAGAAGGUCACAAAUUCUCGGAUCAGCUCUUGGCCUCUCUCAAGGUGCCAUGUAUGGAGCAUACACUCUGACUCUUUGGUUUGGGGCCUACCUAGUGAAACAAGACAAGACAGACUUUGGGGACGUGUACAAGAUCUUCCUAAUACUUGUUCUAAGCUCAUUUUCUGUUGGCCAGCUAGCUGGCCUUGCACCAGACACAUCCACGGCUGCAACUGUAAUACCAGCUGUUUUAGACAUAUUGAACCGUAGGCCACUGAUUGGUAGUGAAAGCCGAAAGGGUAGGAAGAUCGAAAGGUUAAAGCCCUUUGACGUCGAGUUCAAGAUGGUCACGUUUGCUUACCCGUGCAGACCUGAGGUGAUUGUGCUGAGGGAUUUCUGUUUGAAGGUCAAAGGAGGAAGCAUGGUGGCCCUCGUAGGAGGAAGCGGGUCUGGAAAAUCAACGGUGGUGUGGAUGAUACAGAGAUUUUAUGAUCCGAACAAAGGGAAGAUACUGAUGGGUGGGGUGGAUUUGAGAGAGCUUGAUCUCAAGUGGCUGAGGAGACAAACAGCUCUGGUGGGUCAAGAGCCAGCACUCUUUGCUGGGAGCAUAAGAGACAAUAUCGCAUUUGGGAAUCCAUCCGCUUCAUGGACUGAGAUUGAAGAAGCUGCCAAGGAAGCUUACAUUCACAAGUUCAUUAGUGGGCUCCCUCAGGGAUACGACACAGAGGUUGGUGACAGUGGAGUUCAGCUAUCUGGCGGCCAGAAACAGAGGAUUGCCAUUGCAAGGGCUAUACUGAAGAGAUCAAAGAUUCUACUUCUCGAUGAAGCUAGCAGUGCCCUGGACCUGGAAUCAGAGAAGCACAUCCAAGACGCGUUGAGGAAGGUCUCCAAGCAGGCCACCACCAUCGUGGUGGCACACCGCCUUUCCACCAUCAGAGAAGCCGAUCUCAUUGCAGUCAUGAAGGAUGGCGCGGUUGCGGAGUAUGGAAGUCACGACACGCUCAUGCUUUCCCACCUCAACGGUGUCUACGCUAGCCUGGUUCGGGCUGAAACAGAGGCAAAUGCCUUUGCUUGACGAGCCCUUCUCAUGCAAAUUUUAUCUUACCAUUUCCAUUCAUAGAAGUGCUACUCGGACACUCCAUUUGGACACUUAAAUAGUGAUAUUCGUGAUAAUUUAUAGCUUA